AUGAGCACUGAGCGACAACACACAACAAGCACACAUAUUGGCCAAAAGUCCUCAUGGACUCACCCCAUAUACACCAAAGACCAAAUCCUUGCCGUUCGAACCGCACACCGACAAGCACACACAUGGCAAGACAAAGUUGCACUAGGAACCGUACGCGUACUGCGAUGGGGUAUGGACUUCGUCUCGGGCUACCGACCUCAAGCAACCAACAGGAACGGUCUUUCCCGGGGCUAUGUUAUGACAGAGCAGAAGUGGAUCACACGAUUUAUCUUCUUGGAGAGUGUAGCAGGUGUACCAGGCAUGGUAGCAGGAAUGCUACGGCACCUCAAAAGCAUUCGCAGAAUGCGAAGAGACAACGGAUGGAUCGAAACACUCCUUGAAGAAGCAUACAACGAGCGAAUGCAUCUUCUGACCUUCCUGAAGCUCGCCGAGCCCGGUCCAUCAAUGCGCUUCAUGGUCCUAGGUGCUCAGUGGGUAUUCUUCAGUGGUUUCUCAAUUGCAUACCUCAUCUCGCCACAGAUAUGCCAUCGUUUCGUUGGCUAUCUAGAAGAAGAAGCAGUCAUCACAUACUCAAAGGCUAUUCAGGACCUUGAAAAUGGUCAUCUGCCUGCGUGGGGCUGCUUAGACGCUCCUGCAAUGGCGAUCAAGUACUGGCAGAUGCCAGAGGGACAACGCUGUAUGCGGUCUCUUCUGUUGUAUGUUCGUGCGGAUGAGGCUAAACAUCGAGACGUCAAUCAUGCACUGGGGAAUUUGGACCAGAAUAUGGAUCGCAAUCCCUUUGCGGCUCGAGUUCAAGCUCAGGUUCAGUCCGCGGCUCGUUCGACUGGGCUGCGGCAACUGCAGGGGGAAGAUAACCAGAAAUAA